AUGGAUAGUUCUGAGGUUAAAAUUGACGCCGCCCAGCUGAUGGCUGCGCUACGAGACCACGCUGCAAGCCUCGAGAUUCUAUCAAUCAGAACAAGACGCAGGCUUCGGCCCGCUCUGGAGCGUCAUGAGAUUCUGACCGGUCUGGACGGUCUGCACAAGAUCAGUGGCCUCGAACUGGACUCAGACUCGCUCACAGGCACAGAAUCCUGGCCAUCAUGCAACAUACCUGCUUUGCCGCCAGCAAUGACUGCUUUGAGAGUCAACACCUACUCCAGUCUCACCGAAUUACCUUGGAUACUUUCUGCUCUAGCGACACGGCUGACACCUUUAAUGAAGAUAUUGGAAGUUACAUUUCCAUUGCAGAAAAACGACAAUGCCCAGUACGUCGAAUCUAUUAAAGAGGCAGACAUGGACAAUGAGAAGUGGCGUAUCCGCCCAGACAGGGAUUGGAUCAUCCUGGUGUCUGCUUUCCCCGUAGCAGGGCGCUUCAACAUCAAGUUCAUGUGCUGGAACACAGACCGAAGCAUCAGCACUGUUAUUGGCGGACUGGUCUCACGGUUCAAUGGCAUUAGUGUCGGUGAUUUGAUCGAAGAGUUCUAUUCUGAUUGGGAGAUUCACGAGGACAGUGAAAUUCACAUGAUACGGGACACCAUCGAGGCUAUAUUCAGCGAUGACUGA